AUGGUGGACAACAACAUUGGAGGAAGUUCUUUUGAUAACGAAAAUGGCGGCAUUAAGGAACAAGAUCGGUUGUUACCAAUAGCAAAUGUUGGGAGGAUAAUGAAGCAGAUAUUACCACAGAAUGCAAAAAUCUCAAAGGAGUCAAAAGAAACAAUGCAAGAGUGUGUUUCAGAGUUCAUAAGCUUUGUGACAAGUGAGGCAUCGGAGAAAUGCAGGAAGGAAAGGAGAAAGACAGUGAAUGGUGAUGAUAUCUGUUGGGCUUUGGCUACACUUGGCUUUGAUGAUUAUGCUGAACCAAUGAGAAGGUAUUUGCAUAGAUAUAGAGAAUUAGAGGUUGAUAGAACACCAACUGCUAAUAAUAUUCUUCAAGAUAGAGCAAAUUAA